AUGCCACCAAAGGAAGCCAAGAGAAGAACCCAGAGAAGAAAGAAGGACCCUAACGCCCCAAAGAGAGGACUCUCUGCAUACAUGUUCUUCGCCAACGAAAACAGAGACAUAGUGAAAGCUGAAAAUCCAAACAUUACCUUCGGUCAAGUCGGUAAAGUGCUAGGUGAAAAAUGGAAGGCAUUGACCGCUGAGGAAAAGGAACCUUACGAAGCUAAGGCUAAGGCUGAUAAGAAAAGAUACGAAUCUGAAAAGGAAUUGUAUAUGGCUACUCAAGUCCAUGCCGAUGAUGAAGAAGAGGAAAAAUAA